AGCUGCCGCAGGCGCGCCGCCGCAUUGCUGCUACCGCAAUGUCGAAAUCGAAUCGCAAGAUCAGUGAAUUCUUCGGAAAGAGCAGCGUCCUCCCGAAGAGCAGCCUAAAAGAUAGAGACCGGACCGACUCGCCCGCCACACGAGCCUGGCCUUCCUCGCGUACUCAGAGUCUUCAUGGCGAUGUUGAGAUGCGUGAGGCCUCCGAUUCACCCACCCCCGCCACGACGAUCAAAAAUGCCACAUUGACGGACGAGCAAUUAGCAAGGAAGCUGCAGAAUGACUGGAACAAAGAGACGAAAGCAAUCGUGAUAGAAGCUCCCAAAGGCGGGGAGGACUGCGCAAUGAGCGGGGGGUCGUUCUCGUCCAUAAAUUCAAGCAGUAGCAAGCGUGUCUUCCGACGCGAUCAAGAGGUGGUCGCCAACUCGGACUCCGAUACGGAUAGUUCAGAGGGUCUAGAGGAUAUGGAUUAUCUCCUACAGCAGAAUACCAAGAAAGCCCCGGCACCCAGUCCCCAAAAACAACUUCCAUCGCAAAUCACCACGUUCUUUAACGCAAGUACACGGCCCAAGAAAUCAAUACUUCCUCCGGCGAAAAAAUACAAGUUUUCAAUCGAUUCGCUCGUGGAAGAAACCAAGAAAAAUAAACAACAGGAGCAAAAGUUCGCAGCGGCGAGGGCAAAGCUCGAGGAGACGACUGUUGAGUCUGCUCCCUCUGACACCGUCGAGAAGACCCUUGCUUCAAUCGUGGAAGAUGACGAGGGAGGGAGCAAGGCAGAACGGCUGCUGCUAGCCAUGAGACGGACCAACGCUCUUCAUCGAGACCCUACUUGGCACUUUUUCAGAGACGAUGUAGAGGCCCAAUCUCGAAGGAUGUUCCCGAAAUCGUGUCUCCCUCACAAAGGAUGGGCGUCUGUGUUUAAAGAGCCAAACAAAAGAGACCAAGCAUUUAUGGCAGGCUACGCUCGACACAUCUUCCGAUACCAAAACUUACCAGAAGAGCUAGCGAACUGGAUGAUUGACGAAUUGGUAUUCUUUCCAAGAGACGGAGUCAACACGGAAUACAUAAAUACAGUUGAGUGCUGUCCUGGCGUCUUGUCAGCCCUUCUUACUCCUGAUAAGCUAAGCGACAUCUUCCGUCGUCUCGGUGCCAAAGAUGUUGGCAAAGACCCAAGUCUCACCUUAACUCCGUCUUUUGAUUCUCCCAAUCGCCCGAAGCAAAUCCUCCCCACUGGUCUAAGAUGGAUUGUGCAAUUACUCCAGCAGGUUGCUUCAGACCUGACGCCGGAAUCACAAGUGCAAGCCUUGAAUAUCCUUCUACGGCUAUCGUUCGACGACAGCAUCCUUUUUGAUGUUGCGUUACACACCAUCAUCCAAGAUACUAUUAAAGUGUUCCUAGAAAGCAUAUCUGAAGCUGAGCUCGGUCAAUGCCUCCAGCAAAUCAUCAACAAUCUCAUCACAGCAGUCGAAGACCCGGUCCUCCAAGACCAACUCGUCACCGCGCUACCCACCAGCUCACCUCUGACCCACCGUUUCCAACGCCGUCUCGCGCUCGGCUUCUUUCUUCAUCCUACCCCCGUUACCGAAUCACUCGCUUCCGCUGCGCUUCCUGCUAUCAUCCAUGACCAUCUCAGCACAUCCCCCGACUUACAGAUCACCCGAGACUUUUCUUAUACCAGCCUUGGGGCGCGCAUGUCCCUCCUUGACAAAGCCAUCGGCCCUGGUUUCUCAACUUUGCCUUUUCUCGCAGCACCACCAACGCCCGCUUCAUCAAGCACAGAGCCAUCCACCAGUAACACAAACGCCAACACGCCUCUACCGCCUUCACCCGAGGAGAAGGCCUUUAAUGAAAGCGUCGAUCUUCUUGCAGCGCGCAUCAAGUUGCUCUCGAAUCGUAUCACCGAUGCGAGUACCUCGGGCAUGGAUCGCUGCGAGGCGAAGAGCGUAUGUCAGCGGUUGCACUACCGGCUUGAGGGUGCCGUUAGGACAAGGGGCCGUAGGAUCAAGGGCGUGUUUGGGGAUGGGGACGAGGACGAGGGCAAGAUGAUCUUCAAGCGGUUCUUCCAAAAAGAUAAAGCUGGUGUGAAUGGGGCGGUAUAAGUCAGGCACGCUGUUUUCAGCGUGGAGCUUGAGGCUAUGAGGGAUUUGACGAAGGAUGGGUGUGGCAUGGAUAUCACGCGAAUGUCGUGGAUUUGUAUGUUUGCAGUAGCACGUCUUCUCUAUUAUGUGAGAUGAAAACAAACAACGCUAAUUGAAAUACCAAAGUAGUGACCCAGCAAAUCUGGUCAAACCGCUGCCCGUGCGUGCGAUUGAUGGAGGUCCGAGAGACCGGUCAGUUAGCACGACCGACCUGUCGGGCCGAGCAAGUCG